CAGACAUAUCGACCAGCAACCCAACGGGUUAAACGGGUUGCCGAGCGGGUAGAGCAGUAAACACCAUGGUGGGAGUGGAACACAGGUCUGAGCAAGGGAGGGUGUGAUCCUCCUGUGACUGGCCGACACACAAACAGACGGACGGGUAAGUUGGGACGGUCCGAGGAAGAGAGGAAGAAUGGCUCGAAACGUUAACUUUGACCUCAGUCACCCGCUCAUGGAGUUAGGACUGGAGAGCCCAGUAGAUGAGGAGGGCGUUCAUGACUCGUUCAACCAGCUGAUAGCAGAACAGUCUCAGAGCGGAGAAUCUGAAGCAAUCGAGUUGCAGCAGCUACAGAGAGAACUGGAGGAGGAGGGUCGAGAUAAUGUGGCCUACCUGUCCAGCCCCAGCCAUGACUAUAGGGGAGGUAGGCAGCAGCGAGGGGUGGAGUGUGAUGACGAUGAAAGACAGAUAGACCCCCUCAUAGGUGAACAAUGGUCAUCGGCCACCUUGAAGGUCCUGUCCUCCAUGCCCAGCCGCACCAUCGGCCGCAACAGGGGAGCUAUCAUCUCUCAGUACUACAACAGAACCAUGCAGCUUCGGAGACGCAGGCAGAGCAGACCCUCCAUUAGACACAUGGAUCGCUCUGCCAGGCCAAGCAUACGAGAUUACGGCAUGGAAGGGGACAGCGUAGACGCAGAGGGGAGUAAAAGAGAACGUCUGGUGAACAACCUGCAGAAUCUGUCAGUGAAUGACAGAAUCAGGAUGCUCCGAGCGAUGCCUCUCAGUGUGGCGGAGAAGAGAGGACUCAGGACGUCAGCAUUAAACAAGGAGAGACACGCACCGUCAGGCAGUGGGAUCCCCUGUUGCAGCCAACUCAAGUAUUACAUCAUCAUUGCUGCGAGACAGAGCUGGUACAGCUGGCUGUCCUUCCUGCACUCUCUCCAGCUGUGGCAGGUGGCACUGAAAAGAGUGAGCGGCCGCUUCGGCACCGGUGUCCUCUCAUACUUCCUGUUCCUCAAGACCUUACUCUUCUUCAACCUCUUCCUGUUCCUGGUGACAGGGGUGUUCAUGGUCCUUCCUCAGGCAGUGCACCCUCCAGUGCCUCCAGAGAACCGCUCCUUCUCUGGACUGGAGCUCCUCACUGGAGCGGGCUAUUUCUCAGACACAGUGAUGUACUAUGGGCACUACUCUGACAACACACUGCGUAAGAGCUGCAGGGACGAUGAUGGAGGGAAGGAUGUCGUUGUGUCCAAUGAAACUAGUUCUGAUUGCAAGUCGAACCAUCUUUCAUACAACAUGCCACUUGCAUACUUCUUCACCAUCGGAUCGGCUUUCUUCAUCACUUGUAUCAUUCUUGUGUACAGCAUGUCAAAGUCGUUUGGUCGAAGCUUCCGAAUUGACAAAUCUCAGAGCAUCCUGGCCUUGAAGGUCUUCUGUUGCUGGGACUACAGGGUCUUCAAAAAAACCUCUGUCAAGCUCAUGUCUGAGAAUAUCUGUAUCCAGCUCAAGGAGCUGCUAGCAGAAGUGAGUCAUAAACAGGACAAGGUCACUGUGUGUCAGAAGCUGUGGAGACUGACAGUCCACGGCCUGGCCUGGGCUAUCUGCAUAGGGAGCAUCACCGCCUGUGUGUCCGGCAUUUACUUCUUCUCUGAGCACAUGCAUAAGGACCUCCAGCAACGUACUCGUAGCAACUCAAACGACCCUCUUUUGUUGAAAGAGGCCAGCCUGCUGGCUCUCCCUGUGGUGGUGUCCCUCAUCAACAUGCUGCUGCCUGGCCUGUUCAACCUGGCAGCCUGGAUGGAGGAGUAUGAGUCACCUUCUGUACGCACAUACGUCGCCAUCAGCAGAAAUUUGCUGUUGAAAGUGAGCGUGCUCGCAGUCCUCUGCUACCACUGGCUGGGUCGAGUGGCUGCUGAACCAGAAAGUAUUGGCCUCACGUGCUGGGAGAGUUUUGUUGGCCAGGAGCUUUAUCGCUUCCUACUGAUGGACUUAAUCUUCACUCUACUGGACACCUUGUUUGGAGAAUUUCUUUGGAGGUUGUUUUCUGAGAGGGUGCUGAAGAGAAGAAGGAAACCGGUGUUUGAUAUCCCGAGGAACGUCCUGGAACUCAUCUAUGGACAAACACUGGCCUGGGUGGGAUUUCUCUUCACUCCUAUUUUGCCUGCAGUUCAGCUUCUCAAACUCCUGCUGCUCUUUUAUGUAAAGAAGAGCAGCGUGAUGAUGAACUGUCAGGCUCCCAGGAAGCCAUACAGAGUCAGCCAGAUGACGACCAUCUUCAUCACUCUCCUCUGUUUCCCCUCCUUCCUCGGUGCUUCUGUGUCUGUUACAUACACCAUGUGGAGCAUCACGCCAUCCAAAACAUGCGGUCCAUUCCGUGGACUUAAAACCAUGAUGCAGGCAGGAAAGCUCUGGGUGAAAGCACUGGAAAAAGAUAAUCCCAACCUGUCCAUGCUGGCCAAGGCGCACUCUUAUCUAGUGGAAAACCCUUUUUUCCUGUUUGUGGGAGCGGGCAUCUUUCUGAUAGUCAUCUACUUCCGCAGUCAGGUGGUGGAUGGUCAGAGGAAGAUCAUCAACUUACUGCAGGAGCAGAUAGAAAACGAGGGAGAAGAUAAAAAGUUUCUGAUAACUCGUCUGCAGUCCAUACAUGAGCAGAAACGAACACCCGCUCGACUCACAAGUCAGGACUCUGGCUGUUGAACUGCACCUCUCUGUCUCCAGUAGACAAAGCUUCUCAAUUUUCUGAGCACUGAUCAAUGUCUGGGGAAUUCUCAAACUAACUGGAACAAUAACUUGAAAGGACUACUGUUUGUAGAAUAGACAUACAUUUUGACUAGGAUUUUUAUAGUAGAGGAAUUUGAAGAGUGAGGAAACAAAUAUGGUAGCAGUGUCAAGUCAUCCACUUUAUACUGUUCUGUGUGUAGAUUCAGUGUCUAAACUGAAACUUUAGAAAGAUAAAUGCAACAAAGUGGAAAGUAUAAACUCAGAAGUCUUAAAGCUCAUAUGCCAGUUUUAAAAGGAUUUCAGUCAUCAUAGAAGCACUUUCAUAUCAACUGUGAACAUAUCCGUUUUAUUCUAGAUCAGGAGCAAAACAUGUAGAAUGUCUAUUGUGUGUGUGUUUUUUAAAAUGUUUAAUUUUAACAGUAUGUAGAGUUGGACUUUGGAUGUUGUGGGUGAGAGUGUGGUAAUAAUGGAAAUGGUCUCUGCUCCUGUUGUUGUUGUAUAGUAUGUUUGUGUGUAAAUAUGAACUGUUUUAAGAUUGAUACCUUUGUAAUUAAAUUAUGUGUCAUCACAUUAUUAUGUAUUUGUAUUUAUUAGUGCUUAUAUGAGGUGUGGGCAUUCCUGCUUAAAUGUGGACAUUAAAAUAGUUGCUACAAACCCAAAGGCCACAAAGACAAUAUGAUUUUUUACCAUUAAUCAUACAGUUGUUUUUUUUUUUUAUAAACAUGCAAAUAAAAAGUAAAAUGUAUAGAGACACUGUUACAGCAGCUAAUUGUAUCGGACUAUACGACAUAUAAAAGAUAUCUUCAGUAGAAAAAUAAAUAUACAAGAACUUUAAA